AUGCCGAGCGAAAGCAUCAGAUCACUCAUAACAAACCUUCGGUUGCUUGAUCUCGACAACCAAGAUGACUGGUCGAUCGUGUCUCCGCAAGCAUUGAUGAGCAAGGAUGCCGGCCCGAACCAGAAAGCGCGUAUCCAGGCCGCUGAGUGGUGCUUGUAUCAUCUGUUCAAAAUUUGGGAUCCUGAGGAAACAUCUAAUAAACUUCAGCCAUUCUUUCCUUCUCUCGAGCCACUUCAAUCUGCCAAUCUUCGCGCUGCACUGUUUCGGUGUCUUAAUAAACUCAAGCUAGAGGGAGCUUUACCAAAGGAGACCAUCUUGCGGAAAUCAUCCUUUGAUGAUUGCAAGGGUGAAAAGUUCAUCGAGCUGCUUUUCGCGUUUUCGACUUUGGUUCUCCGCAAAGUCGUCUCCGAACGGGCUGAAGGGAGAGACAGCAUUGUACGCGACGUAUGUUGCAAUCAGAGCCUGUCUUCAUCGGACCACCGAUCAUUCUUGCCACUCGCUACAGCACAUCGUUCGGCUCUCAAUCGGAUCUUGCUCAGGAAGGCUGAGCUCAAGGAAAGGUACUGCCAUUUUGGUAAGGUCUUGGAUGUAAAGGACCGUGAGCUAGAUCGCAGAUUUGAAAACAUUGUCACGACUCAGAGCUUCCUGGAUGAGAACAUUGCCGGUGAAGCUACUGUUGCAAGGGUAGCAAAGCAAUUUGAGCAGCAGUGGCAAGGAAAUCAGGGUUAUAUUGAUGCGCUUACGACCGACGAAAAGUCAUUUGCAAAGGAUUCGCUGCUUGAUGAGACAUUUGAGACCCUUUGGCCAGGCAUUCAUGAUGGCGCGUUGACCCCAGAUCUAAGCGUUGAUUCAUCGGGUCUGCUUGAGAACUUGGCGAAGCGAGUCUGGGCACAGAAUGAGCGUGUUCAGAAAUGGCAGACCCUGAAGGCCGGCAUGCAGACGAAUGCGAAGCCAACUUCCCCUCUCCGACCGCAAGAUUCGUCUCCCUCAAGGACUCGCACUACGAUUGGGGACCGGCGGAGAGGGAAGGAUCUUGUAUUCAGCCCAAGGAAAAGCCCUCGAAAGAGUGAAUUUCCUCUGGCAUUUGCGCCUAGCUCGCCUCAAGCAACUAUGUCACCGGUACAAAGCCUUGAGUACUCGCCGCUACAGGCCCAUAGCAUCUCUGAUGCAGGCGCUCAUACAUUCGGCACCCCGAAAGAUUUUUUAAAGCGGCGUGACUCUCGUAUUGAUUCCAUCUUCAAUGGUCCAAAUGAAACUAGUCACAAUGACUUAAGCUUUUCUGAGCUCAAUCAAGAUGACAGAACAAAGUUGGGCAUUCCUCGUUCGUCUCCCAGCAAUUCAUUUGGCAGCCCUCGAAAUCAAGAACCCAGUCCAAGUGAGAUCCAAAAGCCAUUUGCUGCGAAAGAAGCAGCACUGCAAAGCCCACCGUCGAGCCUGCUGGAAGUCCAACAACCCAAUAUUGACCGCAGAUUUGGCACGGAUCGGAUCGAAGAGGAAGAUGAGACAGCCAAUUUAAUUGACCCACAACCCUUCAAUGCCGCCCCGACACCCGUGAAACCUGCCCUUUCGCUCCUGGAGAGGACCCGACAGUCCAUGGCCUUCGCCACGCCAUCUACUCGCCUCGCCGCAAACGAUUCACCUCCAACCAUGGCACCCCCACCUCGCCCUACGAUCCCACAAAUAGAAGAAAACAGCUCCUUAGCUCCUCGAGCGAAUCUCGUAGAACGGACCCGCCAAUCGAUUUCUCUUCUCCCACCCAAAAUCAAGCCUCAGCGGAGAUCUCUCAACAACCGCCGCGAUUCCAAAACGUAUCCCGUCAAUCAGUUUGAGACUCCACACAAGGCCUUGUCAAGGGAGUUGACACCUCCCCAGGAGAUCUUCAGUCCUGGUGCCGGGUACGAUAGUGUGUUUAAGAGCCGGCCGAAGAUAGGGCAUAGUCCUAGUGCCACCCCCGAACCAACUUCUGGAGAGGAUGGAAUGAUAGACGCUGCGUCGUUGCGUGGAGGGGAUGGGUUGCAGACUUCGCCGCUUGCUAGACUGACCUCGCAGGUUCGGUGA